AUGGACCGAACUCAAUUGUCAAAGCUCUCAGAGAUGGAUGCGGAGCUUGCUCAGUUUCUAGAGCAACACCAGAUUCCGAAGCCUGAGUGGUCCAAUCUCGCCGCGUUUCGCACGAAGCGGGCACAACUCGAGAAAGAGCGCCUCCAACAACAGGGGCCCCCAGGUCCAGGCCUUUCGGAGACAUUCAGGAGCAUAAAAAUGAGGGAUGGCUUUGACAGCCGGAUCAAGAUCGUGAACCCAGAUGCUACGGGUGGUCCCCUGAUCGUUCUGGUUUUCGGAGGCGGUUUCAUUGUGGGCAAUGAGGAGCAACUUACUCCUCUUGCUCGCCCGCUUGCCAAGGCUUUUGAUGCCGUCGUUGUCGCGAUCAGCUAUCGCCUGGCGCCAGAGCAUAAGUUUCCCACCGCUGCUCAUGAUGUCGAGGACAGUCUACUAUGGCUAGCGGAGAACGCGGCUACGCUGGGAGCGGAUCUCUCGAAAGGGUUUAUACUGGGAGGCAUCAGUGCCGGAGGUAUGUUCUUCAAACAACGCUCAGGACGCGACCUUGCAAGGCUAACCGAUGCUUCANNAGGCAACCUUACGGCAUGUAUCGCUCAAAAGACGCUUGAAGAUACAAGUCUGGCGUACCCGUUGACUGGUAUUUGGCUCUGUGUACCUUGGAUCUUUCCUCUAGAUGGCAAGGCCGUACCUGCAGAGUACAGAGACUCGUUCAUCAGUCGCGAGCAGAACGCUGCCGCCCCAGUCCUGGACAAAGAUGCUCUUGUAGCGAUCAAUGGCUAUCUGGAACCCGAUGCCAACUCUCCGUUGUUUAGCCCAUUCAACAGCAAAUCUCCUCACAAGGGUCUACCACCAACUUGCAUCCAGGUGGCUGGCUUGGAUCCUUUGCGAGACGAUGGUUUGGUGUAUGAGCGUGUUCUACGUGAUAAUGGCGUCAAAACAAGGCUCAAUGUCUGGCCCGGAGUGCCUCAUGCGCACUUCGCCUUUUCCUUCUUACAGCUNAGUAAGAAGGCGAUGCCUGACAUUAUCAUGGGUUUCGGCUGGCUCUUACAAAGCAAGAAAAGUAUCCAGGAACUACAAGGAGUGGUUGCAUAG